CGCUGCUGCAAUUCUUUUCACCGGCUGCAGCAUGGCGCAGUCCUUGCGUUUUCUGAAGAAUGCGGGCGUAGCCUGCUUCAGCGAGAGAACAUACCAUCGCUUGCAAAGCACGUUAUUGCUUCCGGCAGUGAACGAGGUAAUAGAAUUUCUGUAUUACACAAAUUGAGAUGACCACAGUCUGUUGGUGCUUGGGUGUUGCAUGCUGAUAAAAAUAAUUGGUCAAAAUCAUACACACCGCACACUGUAACUACACUGGAAGGUGUGUGAGUGUCUUUGAGAUGAUUUCAUGACAUCUUAUACAUGGCCGGCCUUUCAUAUUCAAAGGAAUAGGUUUCAACAAAUGCCUUUUAUGCGUUUUCCAGGUCUGGCAGGAUGAAAAGAGGCGGCUCACGCAAACGGUAGUGUCGUGUGGAGGAGCAGCAAAAGUAGCAGGCGACAGCCGCGCUGAUUCUCCUGGCUAUAGUGCCAAGUAUGGCGUUUAUUCAAUGCUUGAGACAAACCUGAAUCGCAUCAUUCAUAUCGAGCUUGUGCAGUGCAACGAGGUAUCCUCAAGCACACACAUGGAGCUUGAGGGUCUGAAGAGGGCUCUCACCUCCCUUGAUGAAAGCGGUGUCAAUGUCACUGAAGCGGUGACGGACCGGCAUCCACAAGUGCGCAGGUACUUCAAGUCUGAGAGGCCUGAGGUGGACCACCUGUUUGAUGCAUGGCACGUCUGCAAAGGGCUAAACAAGAAGCUUUUGCAGGCUGAGAAAUCCACAGGAUGCGUUGCCAUUGGCCUGUGGACGCGUUCAAUUGUCAACCACCUAUACUUUUCAGUGCAGUGUGGGAAUGGCAAUAGCGACCUUGCCGUGGCUGUGUGGAUGUCUGUAAUGAACCAUGUGCAAGAUAAACACCACGGCCACAGCCUGCUUUAUGACAGAUGCCAGCAUGGCAACCUUGAGCCACGGAAGUGGAUCUUUCCAGGUACCCAUGCUUAUGACAAGCUCUCCAGCCUAUUGACAAACAAGAGGCUUCUGAAUGAUAUCCGCCAAAUGUCGCCACACAUGCAGACAUUUAGCGUGGAAUCUUUUCAUGCAAUAAUCAAUCGCUUCGCCCCGAAAGCUUAUGCUUACUCAUUCCAUGGAAUGUUUGCAAGGACUGCACUGGCUGCCUUGCAUUACAACGAAAAUGCCGACAAGGGUCAGGCCGUGACAUUGAGUGGGGAACUUCGCUGGAAGGUGAAGCACCCGAAAGCGCGGAACGGAGAAGCAAGUGUCUCCUCCAUCAAGCAGGAGCCCACUUAUGGUUAUGUGAGCCGUCUAUUCUGCACUCUUGAAGAGUACGUCAAUGGAGGCACUCCAUAUGUCCUUCCAGCGAAGCCACCUCAUGUCGCAAGUUCUUCGGGGCCUGUCGACAAGACAUCUCUUGUGCAAUCCCACUUAUCUAGGUUUGGGAAGCAGUAAUUUCCUGACCAUUUCAU